GCUAAAUUCCGGACAAAUAACGACCAAGUCAAUCUUGACGGACAUAGAAAAAGAACAAUUCCUCAAUUCCGAUAACACUUGGACUUCCAAUCCUGCUGGUACCUUGACCUCAAAACACAAUCCCAUCUGGACCUUCAACAACACCAUCCACCACAUAACAAACACCACCAAACCCCAACAUCACCACCACACAAUAUGGCAUCACAACCCUCCGCACCCUCCAACCCCAAACCCGCCCACAAGAUCUCCCCUCUCCUCCCAUCAGAAGCCCACCUCUACCAAUCCAUCCGGCACGAAACCUUCAAACCCACCAUCAACAAGCUCCUCUACUCUUCCCCCCCUUCCACAACCACCCUCCAAAAAGUCAUCUCCGACACCGUCCUCGAAAUCACCGACGCCACCAAGGGCUGGCUCUACAUGUCAUGCCGCGACUCCUCCACGUCCGCCAUGAUCGCUGGCGCCCGCUGGCGGUACGUCGGCCCAUCCUCGAUCCUCACCCAGGAAUCCGCCUCCCCAACCCUCGACCGCUUCUCCCUCCCCUUCACCGUCCCCACACACGCUAUCCCCUCCCCGCGCCCCUGGCCCGAAGUCGAAGCCGGCCUCACGAUCCCAUCCCCCUACCCCGAAUCCAACCCCGAAGUCUUCACUGCGCUGCUCAAGCUCUUCAACGACAACCGCCGCGAGAUCCUGGCGAAUCGCCCGCACUACGUAUUGUACACGCUGGUGACGCACCCGGAGCACCAUCGGAAGGGCGCGGGGGGGCUGCUCGUGGAUUGGGGGUGCAGGGAGGCGGAUAAGAGGAAUGUGGAGUGCUAUCUUGAGGCGAGUCCGAUGGGGGAGCCGCUGUAUAAGCGGUUUGGGUUCGAGAGGGUCAAGGUGGUGGAGUUGGAUUUGGGGGCGUAUGAGGAGGGGGGCGAGGUUUUUGAGUUUAUUCUCAUGCGUAGGCCGGCGAAGUGGGAGCGUGAACGAGACGGGAAGGAGGCGUGAAAUCAAUCGACUUAACGCCGAUCCGCCAGUGCUAACUUCAAGAUUCGUUCUUUUCGACGAGAGACCACUUUAUCAGACCUAAAUCCUUAGGAAUGCUUUCUAUAACAAGCACACACAGAAAGAGAGGCAGAGAGAAAGAGAGAGAGAGAGGAACGUCUGGCGCAAUCAUAGAAGAGGAUAAUCAUACAUUUUAUGUACUUGUAAACUAUCCGCG